AUGGGCAAUAAUGAAUCAAGCGACGUUUCUACACAACGCGUUGAUAUUAAUAGCAAGCGAGCAAUUUCACAGAGUCCAUCGCAAACGCGAAGUUCAAGUGUUAGACAUGUGACGAACAACGAGCCAGUUGGUGGAAUUCGGCGCUCCAGAACAACACGACAUAAAGAUAGAAACAACCUUCGACGGGCGGUUUGUCCAGUUACUGGAUUAACCCUUCAUCAAAAAGCAUUGUUAUCGAGAAAAUGGAAUCGAAUGGAUCGAGGAACCGUUUACGAAAUGGGUCGGCGGGUAUUCGAGCACAUUUUCUCUGAAAACCCUCAUUAUUUGGCGUAUAUUGAUCUGAAAAAUCAACCAAAUUGGUGGAAUCAUAUAAAUUUUAAAAUUCAUGUGCAGAGAUUUGUCACAGUACUUAUUGAAACGAUGAGACGACUCAAGGAACCAUCGACCUCAAUUGAUAUUCUUCGAGAUUUUGGAGCAAUUUAUGCCAAAUAUCCUAAACGAGUGUCUGCCGUCUAUUUUGAGCGCCUGGCAAACGCACUGAACGAAGCGGCCGCACAGCUUCAGGAAAAGGAUCAUCUCGAACUCGAGAAAACCCAGAGCCGAUUGGAAGAAGCCACGGAUUCGUCAAGUACUGAAAAUACUCUUAACAACUGCAGUUCGUGUACGAGCAUUUCGCAACAGAGCUUGAAGUUUCCGCGACCUUUGACCUCAAGAUUCUCCGAGUCUCAAAUGCAGACGCUUCGUGAAGAAUCUUCAUAUUGUUCUUCAUGUGUACAAAGUCGAAGAUGCUCGCAUGAAGCUGUAGAUGGAAAAGCGAUAUGCCCAAUUACAGCCGAGGCUUGGUUGGUCUUAUCAGCGUUUUUGGCAAAUCAGAUCAAAUUUGGUUACGAGCUUGAGAAAUUGCUUAUUUCUGAAAUGAGCAAGCUUGGCAUCAACACUCUGCCUUGUCAAUCGGGUGCCGAUGGAAAUGACGAUUCCGAAAAUGAGACGAAUCCGAAAACUCAUCAAUCAUCAAGCAAAUUCUCAUCUAUUCACGAACCGCAAUCCCAAUUUGUAUAA